GCGAAGAGUUGAAUGGGAGCGUGGUGGAAGACGAGAGCCACAGCUACAUGGAUGACAAGCAAUUCGUGCGUUGGUUUCGUGAGACAUGGCCUUACUUGUGGGCCCAUCGUGGUGCCACCUUCGUUCUCAUCAUUUCCGGAUAUAGCUUUCCUUCAUCACCUGGGAAUCCGGUUUGUUCUUGUUCCGGGGACCCAUGUGCAAAUUGACAAUCUUUUGCGUGAGAGAGGGAGCCAGCCUAAGUAUGUUGGUCCAUAUAGGAUAACGGAUGAUGAAUCUCUAGCAGCUGCAAUGGAAGCAGCUGGGAGAAUAAGAUUGAUGAUUGAAGCAAAGCUUUCUCCUGGACCCUCCAUUUGCAAUAUUCGUCGACAUGGUGACAAUAGUCGUUGGCAUGAUGUUGGUGUCAGUGUUGCCAGUGGUAACUUUCUUGCAGCCAAGAGAAGAGGUGUUGUCAAAGGAAUUGAUUAUGGGUCAACUGGGGAAGUUAAGAAAGUAGAUGUUUCUCGCAUGCGUGAGAGGCUUGAUGGCGGUUGUAUAGUUAUUUUAAGCAACUUGGGCUAUUCUAGCUCUGGAGAAGUAUUAAAUUGCAAUACCUAUGAAGUUGCAACAGCUUGUGCCUUGGCUAUAGGAGCAGACAAGCUUAUAUGCAUUAUAGAUGGUCCGAUACUUGACGAAAGUGGACGCCUUAUUCGUUUCUUGCCUCUUCAAGAAGCAGACAUGCUAAUUCGUAAACGGGUUGAGGAAAGUGAAACAGCUGCUAACUAUGUGAAAGCUGUUGAUGAAGAAGGUUUCAAUUCUCUUGGGUAUAAAAUUUUUAAUGGGGCAGUCCAUUCUCCACAGAAUGGAAAACCAUUUUCAGAAUGGCAUAAUGCAACCUUUCAUAAUGGCAUUGGUUUUGACAAUGGAAAUGGGCUAUGGUCUGGUGAGCAAGGUUUUGCCAUAGGAGGUCAGGAAUGGCUAAGUCGAAUGAAUGGUUACCUGUCAGAACUGGCGGCUGCAGCCUUCGUUUGCAGAGGUGGUGUUCAAAGAGUUCACUUGUUGGAUGGCACUAUUAGUGGAGUUCUAUUGUUGGAAUUGUUUAAGAGAGAUGGGAUGGGAACAAUGGUGGCUAGUGACCUUUAUGAAGGCACCCGAAUGGCUCAAGUAACAGAUAUUACUGGAAUAAAACAAAUUAUCCAGCCUUUGGAGGAGUCUGGCAUAUUGGUUAAGCGGACUGAUGAAGAGCUUCUUCAAUCGUUGGGUUCCUUCAUUGUUGUGGAAAGAGAAGGACAAAUAAUUGCUUGUGCUGCACUUUUUCCUUUCUUUGAGGAGAACUGUGCAGAGGUUGCUGCAAUUGCAGUAUCUCCUGAUUGCCGAGGCCAAGGACAGGGAGACAAGUUGCUUGAUUAUAUAGAGAAGAAGGCAUCAUCCGUUGGGUUCAAUAUGCUUUUCUUGCUUACUACUCGUACAGCAGAUUGGUUUGUGAGGCGGGGUUUUUCAGAAUGUUCAAUUGAUUCUAUACCUGAGAAGAAAAGGAAAACGAUUAAUCUGUCCCGAAAAUCCAAGUAUUAUAUGAAGAAGCUUCUACCUAAUAGGACUGGAAUUACUGCUGGUAGGAAAUUUACUUCCUGUUAGCGCUUUUCUUUUUCCCUCCUUACCAAUGGGGAAGUGUGAUUGGAUCAAAGGUAUUUAUUUGGCACUUCUGUAGACUGUUGGUAAUAAUCUCAUAAUUAUAUGGUAGCUGGAAAAUCAUUUGCUAUGACAAGCUCUCUUCCCCAUAUAGCAUUCAUUAUUUAUUGGUAGUAUUUUAUAUCCAGAUUUUGAGUUGUAUAUUUUUUUCCUCUUACCCCUAAUCAGUAAUGAAUAUUGAUCUGCCAGUGGUUACUAAUACAGGGACUAAUAGAUUUUUAUUUUAUUUUUGCAUUUUCUUAAAAUUAAGUGUAUUUCAUGUGUUUUAUAUUUUCAUGUAUCACCAUAGAAGAACGUUCAAAAUAGUA